AUGAUAAGUUCCCAUCCGAUGACUGUUUGGAGAAGGACCGAAAAGCUACCAUGUCUCUGCAUCCUCGGCACCAUGGUCUGAGUUCAACAGAGAUUCUGUGCCUCAUCCUGAACGUGUUCUUGCUCUUGCACCAAGGAAAAUUGUCAGCGAUCUCUGUGAUCCAGGAGCCCAGUGUCAUUGUGUCUGAAAUAGAAAAGAACAUCACGCUGAACUGCCUGUUCACACACACACCUGAGCAGAAGGUGACAGGCCCAAUCUUGUACUGGUACUAUGGAUCCGAUGAACUUCUGUACCCUCACCCUAUACCGCAGUACAAGAAUCGGGUGAUAGUUCUAAAUCCAGACAAAGACUCCAGCAACAGGUCCAUACUUCUACUUAAUGUGCAGUGGGAAGACAACAGGAAGUUCCACUGCAUGCUGUCAUAUGAAAAAUCAGGGCAUGGUGCUAGGACCAGAGGGAAAGGAGUCAAACUUCUACUCCACGGGCCUAUGAUGUUCAAUGUUUCCUCUGAGUCAGAGAAUGAUCUGCUCUGCAACAUCACAGUAUCCUCUAACAGUGGUUUUCAUCUGACUGUGCUCUGCAAUGGGGUGGAGGUGGCCAAAAGUCAGAGCGAAAUCCGUGACAAAUUUACAGUGCUGUCAGCUCUUGUUCAUGAGCACAUGGAGUGCGAAUGCUGCCUGAACCUGGACUCCACCGUGGUCUUGUCUCGGUCUUACAUCCGGAAGUCUAAAGAGGACCAGAGGGCAGAUCUCCCAGAACCAGUGUUCCUCUAUGCUGCCAUCCUCUCAAUCCCCUUCAGCAUCACUCUCAUUAUGGUCAUAGUUUUCCCCAUUUUCGGGAAUAGAAAAAGCAAACAAAGCAAAAGAAAACCUUAAAAGUUUAAAAUGUAUCCCUCUGCAGGUCGAUUGACGUAGCUGUGGGUUUAUAGUGUCCUGGAUGGUUACGUGAUGUAACUGUGAAACAAUGUAUAGAGGGCUGUCAUUUAGCAGGAUCAUCUGUGCAUUUAACAAAAAGUUAAGGCUGAACGAAUACUUUCUCUCCCUGUCUCAUCAUUUCUUUCA